AUGGGACCUUUCCCAUCUUCAAGUGGGAAUAGGUAUAUCCUCGUGGCCAUUGACUAUGUCUCUAAGUGGGUAGAAGCUCAAGCUUUACCCACUAAUGAUGCCCGAGUGGUGGUGAGAUUCCUUAAAAAGCUAUUCACGCGUUUCGGAGUCCCUAAAGCUAUAAUAAGUGACCGUGGCACACAUUUUUGCAAUUCCGCCAUAGAAAAGGCACUUGCGCGUUACGGUGUCACUCAUCGUCUUUCCACCUCAUACCACCCGCAAACUAGUGGCCAAGUAGAGAAUGCUAACCGAGGGGUGAAGAGAAUCUUAGAGAAAACGAAGCCGCUAGAAGAAGAUUCUUCCAAAUUCAUGAGUUGGAAGCUUUGCGGGAUGCCGCCUAUGAACGAUCUUGGAGUAUCAAGGAAAAAAACUAAGGCGUUGCAUGAUAGGAGAUUGCGAAGAUUGAAGGAGUUUAAGGUAGGGAAGCUAAAAUCAAGAUGGAGUGGACCGUAUGUGGUAAAAGAAGUGUUUCUAUACGGCACGGUUGAAUUAUACGACAAAGUUGACAAAGGAGCAUGGAAGGUAAAUGGUCAUCGUUUGAAACACUACUUGGGAGGUCCCAUUGAUACUACCGAAGAGGAAGAAAUUCCUCUCAAGGACCCACCCACCUUCACCGAGCAGAAAUGUACCUUUGAGGAGCUGAAAACGCGAAGAAAAAGUCAUCCCAGGUACAAUUCUUGUUUAUUUUCUUGCAUAAUCGCUGAUUCAACAUAG